ACUUCUGGUGCAGCAGGAGUGUCAGUAGCAGCAGGGGUUUCAGGCACAGCAGGAGCAUCGCUAGCAGCAGGUGCUGCUGCAACUUCAGCAGGAGGAGCAGCUUCAGCGGUUGGAGCAGGAGCACCUUCAGCAGGUGGUGCUGCUGUUGGAGAUGCUCCUUCAGCAGGUGCCCCUUCAGCAGGUGGUGCUGCUGGAGAUGCUCCUUCAGCAGGUGGAGCUGCUGCAGCGGGUGCCCCUUCAGCAGGUGGGGCUGCCGCAGGGGAUGCCCCUUCAGCUGGUGGUGCACCCUCGGCAGGUGAUGCUCCUUCAACUGGGGGAGCACCCUCAGCAGGCGGUGCAGCUGCCGGAGGUGCUCCUUCAGCAGGAGGGGCUCCUUCAGCAGGUGGUGCUCCUGCAGGUGGCGCACCUUCAGCUGGCGGUGCUCCUUCAGCAGGCGGUGGCCCCGCAGGCGGUGCACCUUCAGCAGGCGGUGCACCUUCAGCGGGCGGUGCACCUUCUGCAGGGGGUGCUCCUUCAGCAGGCGGUACACCUUCUGCAGGGGGUGCUCCUUCUGCAGGGGGUGCUCCUUCAGCAGGGGGUGCUCCUUCAGCAGGAGGUGCUCCUUCAGCAGGAGGUGCUCCUUCAGCAGGAGGUGCUCCUUCAGCAGGGGGUGCUCCUUCAGCAGGGGGUGCUCCUUCAGCAGGGGGUGCUCCUUCAGCA